AUGAAUAUUCUUUCUACUAAUCUGCAAGGAGUCCGCGAUGGCCGGAAACAGGAAUGGAUCCGAGGGUUAAAGACGAGUCACGGGGUUCACUUUCUUUGCAUUCAAGAGACGAAAAUCAGGGAGUCUUCUUCUUUUUCUUUUGGUCAAAUGUGGGGUAGAUCACUAUUUCAUAUGGCGGCAGUGGAUUCGGUGGGCAGGUCUGGGGGUUUGGCUUCACUAUGGAAUCUGACGGUUUUUUCUUGUUGUGAAGUUGUCAGGGAGAGGCAUUUUUUAUGUGUCUGUGGUUUUCUGGUGCCGUCCGGAAAUAGGUUAAAUGUAGUCAAUGUUUAUGCUCCAAAUGACGCAAACGCACGCCGUGGUUUAUGGUCUGAUCUAAUUCAGUUAAGAAAUUCGCGACAAGGUCAAUGGGUUUUCGCCGGAGACUUCAAUGAUGUCCGACAUCCGGAGGAACGAAAAAACUCGGAGUAUGUGGCAGCUAAUGCCGAUGCCUUCAACGAUUUUAUCUUGGCUGCAGCUUUACAAGAAUUUGAUAUGGGAGGCGCAAAAUUUACUUAUAUUUCGGAUCGGGGGGAUAAGCUUAGCAAGAUCGACCGGGUUCUGGUAUGUAUUGGUUUUAUGGAAUCGUGGCCUGGUACAGUUCUUACGGCCCUAGAUAAGUUGUAUUCGGACCAUCGACCACUCUUAUUAUCUACCACCCCCUCGGACUUUGGUCACAUACCUUUCCGGUUCUACAACUCUUGGCUGGAGAAGCAUGGCUUUGUGGAUUUUGUGGUUAGCAAGUGCAACCAGUUUUCGUUUAAUGGUCCUGGGGAUCUAGCACUUGCCACGAAACUAAAAUGGCUAAAAAACAGAAUUAAGGAAUGGGUGGUGGCGGAUAAACGAAGAACCGAAGGUUUGUAUUCAUUGCAGAGAUCCAGGGUGAAUAAUCUGGAAGCGCUGGCAGAAGUUAGAGUUCUUAGUCAAGCCGAGUUGGACCAAAGAAUGGAAGCUAAACAGUUUCUGGCAGAUAUGGAUGAACUAAAACAACAAGAUGCGAGGCAAAAGUCCAGAAUUAGAUGGGCUAUUCAUGGGGAUGAAAAUUCUGGUUUCUUCCAUGCCACGGUGAACGCAAAUCUGAGUUCAAAUCGCAUAAAUGGUAUUUUCAUAGACGAUGAAUGGGUCACAAACCCGAUAAGUAUUAAACAACAUUUUUAUGAGUUUUAUUCCCAGCUUUUCGCUGAACCCAUGCUGAACCGUCCUCCAAUACAUAGUACGCCUGCUGGUUAUCUAUCUCAUGAAGAUGGUGUGUCUUUGACGAGGCCAUUUUCCUUGACUGAAAUUAAGGACGCCGUCUGGGAAUGUGAUGGCGACCGAGCGCCGGGGCCAGAUGGAUUCAAUUUUAAAUUUCUGAAACGCUGUUGGGGGGGGGGUGCAGAGGGACUUCUUAAAGCUCUUUAA